AUGCGCUUCCUUAACACUGGGAUUUCAACACUGGAGAUUUUGCUGUGUAAUGCUGAACUCUUUGACUACAGCAUCAGUGAUAAAUCAGUGAAACCAAAGGUUAAGCUCAGUUCAGUGAUGCGGGCUGGUGGCAGACAUCCAGCUGUGUUGAUGUGCAGCGCAUAUGAAUUUUAUCCUCCACAUAUAAAAGUGUCCUGGCUGAGAGAUGGUAAAGAGGUGACCUCAGAUGUGACCUCCACUAUGGAGAUGGCUGAUGGGGACUGGUACUACCAGAUUCACUCUGAGCUGGAGUACAGCCCCAAAUCUGGAGAGAAGAUCUCCUGUAUGGUGCAUGCCAGCUUCUAUAAACCCAUGUUCUAUGACUGGGAGUCUGAGAGGAAUAAAUUUGCUAUCGGAGCCUCUGGUCUGGUGCUAGGAAUCAUCGUCGCAGCUGCUGGACUCAUUUACUACAAGAAGAAAUCAACAGGGAGGAUCCUAGUACCUCAUUAAUGAUGGUAGAGUUUUCCUUUAACUCACUUGUCAAACUCAGUCAC